AUGUCCGUCAACAAACUCGCAACCUGCCUGUGGUUCGAUGGCCAAGCAGAAGAAGCCGCCUCGUUCUACACGUCCAUCUUCAAGAACUCCAAAAUUACGGGGCGUCACUAUUACUCUGAAGCCGGUAAUGAGACACACGGGCGCGAGGCAGGCAGCCUCAUGACUAUCGAAUUCGAGCUCAAUGAUCAGAAGUUCGUCGGCCUUAACGGUGGCCCCUACUUUAAAUUCAAUGAGGCAAUCUCCAUCAUGGUUAACUGUAAGGACCAGGCCGAGGUCGACUACUACUGGGACAAGCUUGGCGAGGGCGGCGAUAAGACCAAGAGGAAGUGCGGCUGGCUGGCGGAUAAGUUCGGCCUGUCGUGGCAGAUCGUGCCUGAAGAGCUCUCCAAGGUGCUUAACAGCCCAGAGAAAGAGAAACGGGACCGUGCAUAUCGUGCUAUGAUGCGCAUGGAGAAGCUUGAUGUGGACGAGCUACGCAAAGCUUUCGAUGGCGAAUAA